AUGUUCAGCGGGCAAAUAAGUGCUCCUUCUCUUAACAUAUUCAAAUGGAAAUGGCACAGUACAUCAUCAUCUCUAAGAACAGGGUUGCUUAAAGAUGUACCUCCUCAAAUUGAAUUGUCUGACUAUCAUAAAGCGCCCAGCCCCCAUAGUGAAAGCCCGUCUGGGCUACUUGACGGAGAGACUUCAAAUGUAGAGCCCAUUGACGAUUUGGACCUGUUUAUCGAGAGGAUUUACACCUACUACUGCGAGAAAGGGCUUUGGUGCAUUAUUAUCAAGUGGAUUUUUGAGCUUCUGAGCCUGCUUUUCACCAUAUGUUUCUCUGGAUUUUUCUUGUUAUAUGUUGAUUGGAAUGGCCUUCGAAAUGCAAAGUGUGGAAUGGAUGCAGUGGAAUCUGGAAUUAAGCCUUGUGAUCUUUCUGAGGAAGCUUUACAUAAGCGGCCAUUGACUCCUUUUACUCUUCCCAAAGCUAUAAUUGUAGGAUACCUUGGAAUAUUUUCCAUAUACUGUAUCUUUUGUUUCUUGAGGUUUUUUGCACAAUUAAAGGAGACUCUUAAGAUCCGUCAGUUUUACUUCAACAGUCUCCAUGUAACAGACAAUGAAAUAAAAACUAUGCCAUGGGCUUUGAUUCUUGAAAAAGUCGUUAGGGCACCAAGUUUGCAACAACUAUGUGUGGUCAAGGAUCUUUCAGUUCACGAUGUGGUGAUGCGAUUGAUGCGGAAGGAGAAUUAUUUGAUUGGAAUGGUUAAUAAAGGAGUGCUCGCCUUCCCUAUUUUUGGGUGGGUCCCAGGUGCUGGUCCAACUAUCAGUGUUGAUUCAAAUGGUGUGCAACAUCGACUAGUGCUAACAAAGACACUUGAAUGGACCUUGAAUUGGUGCGUAUUCCAGAGCAUGUUUGACAGAAACUUUUGUCUGCGGAGGGAGUUCGUUUCUGAUCCUAAAACAUUAAGGAAAAGGCUUAUGAUAUUUGGCUUUGCAAUGCUGCUUCUCUCUCCCUUUCUUGUUAUAUUCAUGCUGGUAUAUCUCUUUUUGAGGCAUGCCGAACAGUUCUACAAUCACCCUAGUACGGCGUCACACCGAAGAUGGUCAAAUCUCUCCAAGUGGAUGUUUAGGGAAUUCAAUGAGGUUGACCAUUUGUUCAAGCACCGGAUAAAUAGCAGUGUAGUACAUGCUUUGGAUUAUCUAAAGCAAUUCCCUUCCCCUAUCUUGACCAUUGUUGCAAGGUUUAUCUCGUUUGUUUCUGGUGGCUUUGCUGCUGUCCUCAUAAUCAUUGCCUUCCUAGAAGAAUCUCUGCUGGAAGGCCAUAUAUUUGGUCGCAACUUAUUUUGGUAUGCGGCAGUUUUUGGAACUAUAACAGCUGUAAGUCGGGCUGCAAUGAUGGAUGAGAUGCUUGUCCUGGAUCCACAGGGAGCAAUGUCACGAGUGGUCCAACAUACACAUUAUAUGCCAAAAAGAUGGCGGGGGAAGGAGAAUACGGAGACUGUACGGGUGGAGUUUGAAACUCUAUUUCAGUAUGCUGGAAUGACGUUGCUGGAGGAGAUGGCGUCAAUCUUUAUCACGCCAUACUUGCUUCUAUUUGUUGUCCCAAAGCGGGUGGAUGAUAUUUUGCAGUUCAUUGUGGAUUUCACUGUGAAUGUUGAAGGUGUAGGUCAUGUUUGCCGUUUCAGCGUCUUCGAUUUUGAAAAUCAUGGCAACAGCAAAUAUGGUUCACCAUUUAACUCGCCUCGCAUCCAAAGGAGCUCCCAGGGGAAAAUGGAAAAAUCGAUCUUGAGCUUCCAAAUUAGCUAUCCUUCAUGGGAACCAGAUGCUCAGGGAAAACGAUUUCUUGCAUCUCUCAAAGCCUUUCGAGAUCAAACGUUGCAAGGGCGAGGAAUGAGAAUUGCACAGUUGGCUUCAGGAAUGCAGCAGCAGAGUCGAAAAUUCCAAGGGUUAGGUGACCAAAACAGCUUCUUCUCAAAGGAAAUGCCUUUUAGUAACGUGUUAACUGGUUCAAUGUGGCUUAACGAUGGUGAACACAAGAAUUUUCCAUAUAUUCUCGACUGGUAUUAUACCUCACAAAAUCACGAUAGAGCUGGUUAUUCGAUUGAUAUUUCAACUGAUACUUUCGUUGGUGUUGAGGAGAACCCUAAAGAUUUCUGGACUGCUUCCCUCUCAACACAAAAUGAAGCAAAAUAUGGUGACAACUCGAGAUAUUUUGACAACGAUCGAGUGCAGAGUCAUCUCCAAACUACUACAUCUUCUCCUCUCUUCCGGGGAAGUGUCCUACAACAUCACAACUCAAGUAUUGCAGAACCUCAACCUACCGGGAGCCGUUGGUGGGAUAGAAGUCAACCACAAGGUGCCGAUCUGCCGAAAGGUUUUCUUGAUCCUCCAAAUUUCUUCCACAAUGCUCCUCAUGAUCAUUACGAUAAUUUCUCAGACAAGAGUGUGGACGAUCAAGAACACUCGGUAUGGAGGAACCAUAAAAGACUUUCUCAAACUUUCUUUAUGGAAGAUUUUGAUGAUGGCGAACUUUGUCUUCCAUUCGGUGAUAUAUAUAGCAGCAGGCAUAUAGAGAGUCCCACUGAGAAUGCAGAUCCUUUAAAUCUUGUGUAA